AUGAUACCUUGGACGCUACAAGAGGAUGCCCAACUGAGAAAUCUACACAGUUCGCACGGUUCGCUAUGGAAUCGAAUUUCUGAACAAAUAAACAACAGAACGGCAAGGCAGUGUGCUGACCGGUGGCAUAAUUAUUUAUCCCCGAACAUUAAUACUACGCCGCUAACGCACUUUGAGCGGCAGAUGAACAUCGCGGAUGGUCAAGAACUGUUGGUAUUCGAUGAGACGGGCGGAGUUCAGACGUAUCCGUCAACGAAUGAGCCUUAA